AUGGAAGUCAUAACUGAAGGAGUAAACAACAUCAACAUUAAUAACUCCGAUUCUUACAAGAAGAAUCGCAUUCAAGUUUCUAACACCAAGAAACCCCUCUUCUUCUAUGUUAAUCUCGCCAAGAGAUACAUGCAACAGCAUAACGAGGUGGAACUCUCAGCACUAGGAAUGGCUAUUGCUACUGUAGUAACUGUUGCUGAGAUUUUGAAAAAUAACGGACUUGCCGUCGAAAAGAAAAUCAUGACAUCAACAGUUGAUAUAAAGGAUGAUUCUAGAGGUAGACCUGUCCAGAAGGCCAAGAUUGAAAUAGUACUUGGAAAGACAGAGAAUUUUGAUGAGCUGAUGGCAGCUGCAGCUGCUGAAGAUGGUGAAAAUGGAGAUGCUGAAGAACAGAGUGCUUAA